AUGCCUUACAUACCAGAGGAAAGAUGUGUGUACUCCAACUUCAAACCUGUGUCUGAGAUCUCACCAGAGGAGGACAUUUGGGAGAAAGAGGAGGACAUUUGGGAGGAAGAGGAGGACAUUUGGGAGAAAGAGGAGGAGGAGGAGGAGGAAGAGGAGGAGGAAGACAUGGGGAUCAAGACACUCCUCUCAGUACCCAGGCAGGAGUCAGUGUGGGGGCUGGUGGCCUGGCCCAGGGCCUCCCCCGAGCAGGCUCCAUGGUGGGAAGACCUGAGCUUCUCCCUGCCCCCGCUCCCUGGGCCCUGUGAGUGCAGCCUGAGGACAGAGGUGACCCUCUUCCCCGAGCCCUCCGGGACCUCCAGCUCCACCCUUCAAAGCUUGCCCUACUUGUCACCCAAGUUGGAGUCCACUUCUUUGGGUGACCAGCCUCAGAAAGAGCUUUGUCAGUCAGCUUCCCACAAGAAGACCCCCAAGAUCAGAAGGAGACGUCCCCACAAGGCCAGGCGCCAGGCCUCCCCCAAGAGAUCCACUGCUUCUCAAUCCCUGCGACAACUGGCCCCAAUAUCAGUGUGGCCUCCGAUUUUUAUCCAGACCCCCACCAAGGGUUCAGCUCUCAGAGGCAGCCGUGCACCCUUAGCCAGGAAGGGCUCCCAUACCUCGCACGAUAGCCCCCUGCCCCAGCUUUCUUCAAAAUAA